AACAACUGACGAUACAAAGGACAAUGCACAGUGUAUAUCCUGAUGACAUUUUGUGUGCUGUGACAUGGUUUUUGCUAUGGCAUCUGAGACUGAAAAGGCCCAUGCUCUUCUCCAAACUUUCAGCGCAGCUUCAGUUAUUUCUAGUCUAGGUUUGGGGAUAUUCUGCUUUGUAGCAGACAGACUUCUGCAGUUUUCCUUCAUUCAGCAAAAUGACUGGCUCCGAGCCUUCUCUGAUAAUGCAGUGCAUAGUAUACUAGGAAUGUGGUCCUGGGCAAUAGUGAUUGGACUCAGGAAGAAAAGUGACUUCACUGAGGUCACUCUGGCUGGCUUCCUCGCCUCUGUCAUUGAUGUGGACCACUUCUUUCUUGCUGGCUCCCUGUCAUUAAAGGCUGCUCUGACUCUUCCACAGAGACCACUUCUUCAUUGUUCUACUGUGAUUCCUGUUGUGGCUCUGACAUUAAAGUUUAUUAUGCACCUUUUCAGGCUUAAGGAUUCAUGGUGCUUUCUUCCCUGGAUGUUGUUCAUAUCCUGGACUUCUCAUCAUGUCCGUGAUGGGAUUCGUCAUGGCCUUUGGAUCUGCCCGUUUGGAAAAACUCCUCCUUUGCCAUAUUGGCUGUAUGUGACAAUUACAGCAUCUUUACCUCAUCUAUGUUCAUUUAUUAUGUAUUUAACAGGCACUAGAGAAUUAAUGUCUAUAAAACAUGGAAUCCGCAUUGAUGUAUAAGAAUGAUGGCUCUUAAAGGUUGGUUGUAUUAGCACUUGAAAUAAGCUGUCUGUUUAUCACUGAAGUGGUUUCCUUAUGUUUCCUACGACUUCUG